AUGACAGCGCGUGGACUUCUGGAAGAAGUAUAUCCACCAGAAGGUUAUUUGGUGUCAGAGCUCUUCAAGAAUUAUCAAGAUACGCGGAGCUGCCGAUUCUCAGGUGUUUGGAUUUUUAUCAUGGGCGAGAUGGCUAAGCGGUUGGAGCACCAAUUUACUGACCGGAAGGUCUGUGGUUUGAAACCAAAUUCUGGCUCUCGAAUUCCCCUGUCUAGGCUUGGACAACCUGGCAGUAUCCCAGCCCCCGUGAAACCUCCGGGUGGCAUGGCAACUAGCCCUGAUUCACUUGGGCAUCUUUCUUCCUGCUAUUGCGCCUUCACUAAUUCCAACAGGGUCGCCAAAGAAAUCACAUCUUCACAGCCAUACGGAGACCUACUUAGUUGCCGGUCUGAGCCUCACAAGCUAGCGUUCACGUCAAAAACAACCACCAAAGGUGCACAAGGUAUAUUAACGUUCAAAACAAAGUCAGUAACACUUCUACAGCGCUUCAUAUAUAUAGCGUAA